GUUGGCGGCGUGAUGAACGCUUGGAACGAUUGGGAUUGUCCUCGCUGCUCCUUGAUCAAUGAGCCCCAGAGUCUGUUCUGCGAUGCGUGUGCAUUCAUCAAACCCGAUAGCCCACCUGCAACUGAUGAUGAUGACCACGCGGUCCCUCCACCAAAGCGGAUGAAGUUUAGCAUCGAAGACUUGGUGGAUCUGGUUAGCGACGAAGACGACGACAUGGAAUUCAAAGCUGCCAUUGCAGCAUCUGCGCUGGAGCACAUGCAUGCAACAGGAACUGCAUACAAUGCGACCCGCAAUGUCGACGCAACGGUGUCAAAUAACUCAUCGUCAGAAAUGCAGCCACCGACGACAUCAAACUCGUUUCUUCACGACUUGCACGCCGAACGCAUGCAACGUCAACAGCUACGGCAAGGACCGCCCUCUGCCAUCACGUCCCCGCUCGAGGGGUCGGUCACCAUGGCAGCCCCACAGUCACCGACGACUCUCUUGGUGGCGUCUCUGAACGUCUGGUUCGACGAAGUCCUUGUGGAAGAGCGCAUCAACGCCAUGUGCAAUCUUUUCUCCACCUUGGCGCCCCACGUGAUCUUCCUCCAGGAAGUCACACCGGACAUGGGGGCGCUCUUGUCGUCGACUUUGCGCACCCUCGGAUACGCGGCCGCGAACGCCGUGACGGACCAAGCGUACAGCGAGCUCAUUCUCGUCAAGGGCCUGCCGAUCCUCCAGUACACCCGCCACCCGUUUGAACGAUCGGCCAUGGGCCGCCAUUUGCAUGUGGUCGAAACAGAGUUCAACGGGAAACCUCUGCGACUGGCCACGGCCCACCUGGAAAGCCUCGCUCAGAACCGCACCACGAGGCUUGCGCAGCUCAAGUGGUCGUUCAGCCACCUCCUGGACAACUCCACGAACCAGUCGUGGGUGUUUGGCGGGGACAUGAACUUGGGCAGCAAGGACGUGGUCGCCGUGCCUGCGUCGGUGGAGGACGCGUGGGUGGCAAGUGGGCGCCCGGCCGACCACCAGCACACAUGGGACACGACCAUCAACAAGAACCUGCCAAAUGUGCACUUUGCCGCCAAGUGCCGGUUUGACCGGCUGUACAGCCACGGCCUGCGGUGCGAUGGCUUUGCCACGUUUGGCAAGGAACCGUUGAGUAACCACUCGAACAUGUAUCCGUCGGACCAUUGGGGAGUCGUGGCCUCGUAUAGCUCAAGCCACAAUCCCCACCAGUAGUAGUAGUAGCAUGAAUGGGAUGGUGGAACUCGAAGGAAUCCAUUGCAUUAUGGCAUGAACAUAACAACGCUGGCAGACAAACGGCUGGAAACGGCUGGCUCGAAUGGUGGGUUG